AUGGCAUCUGAAGAGCUUGCUAAGAAGUUGCAGUCGCGGCUGGCUGCUGCGGAAGAGACCGAACAGAGUCCUGAGGCUGAGCAGGAUACGAUUCCAGCUCAGUUCCAGGAACUGGAUCUCGCCUGUGGAGAUACCCCAUCCGAGCUGGCAACAAAAUUGAACCGCAGGCUGGACAUUAACGACGGAAAUGCUCCUUCUCGGGCUACUCGUGUCUUUAACGCUUACACUGAGUUUAAAGAGUUCUCCCGCAAGCAAAUUAAAGACAUGGAGGCGAUGUUCAAACGGUAUGACACUGGAAAAGAUGGCUUCAUUGACCUGAUGGAGCUGAAGCUGAUGAUGGAGAAGUUAGGAGCUCCACAGACUCAUUUGGGCCUGAAGAACAUGAUCAAAGAAGUGGAUGAAGACUUCGAUGGCAAAUUAAGCUUCAGAGAGUUCUUGCUGAUCUUCCGCAGAGCUGCAGCUGGAGAAUUACAGGAGGAGAGUGGUUUGAUGGCUCUUGCCAGACUGUCUGAGAUUAAUGUAUCCACUGAAGGGGUGAUGGGGGCCAAAGACUUCUUUGAAGCCAAGGUCCAGGCUCUGUCACAGGGUAGCAAGUUUGAGGCUGAGAUUCGCGAAGAAAAAGAAGAACGCAAGAAGCAGGAGGUGGAGAAGAAAGAGCGACAAGCUGCCUUCAAGCAGCUGCAGUCUGCCUUCUGUUAAUGAACCUGAAAUCUUCACAUCAGCAAAUGGUUGUUAAUCAGAUAAAAAAUUUGCUUCCCACUCCACUCACUAAGAAAUUUAAGAGGUUUGAAACAAAUGGAAAGAUGGUUAAAGUAAUUACAUCAUCAAUUACUGGAAAUUAAACCUCAUCACAAAUCGCUUUUUCUGCAGCUGCUCAAAAAAAAUUCUAACAUGCAAAAACACAACUUUAGAUGAAUAAGAUGAUUUUUGAUCUCCUUAAGUCUCUACAAAUCUGACAGGCAAAAGGUGCACUUCUAUACAUUUAUUUGGAAGAUGUCACUCAGAAGGAAUUCUUGAGUGAUCCCCCCCUUUAUUCCUCCUACACAUUUCUGCUGCUUAUGAAAUACCUUUUAACAUUCCAGUUUUUUCAGGAUUUAAUUCACCUGUUGUUUAGCCUAAAUAGGUUCAUAAUUGUGGUUUGGAUUUCCCCACUGUAAUAUUUAAUACAGAAAAACAGAAUUAGUGUUAAGACAUUAAGCACUAAGAUUACAUUGUGAGAAAAUGUUUUUGAACAAAUGGCUCUAACUUUUGUUUGCUUCCAAUAUUUUUCUGAGAUGAACAAAAUGUGUUUUGGCUAUACAAAAUCCUCAUCUUAUAACCUUAAUGUUUCAUCACGGGGGUUUAUCUUUCAGACACAUUGUCAUAACUAAUUUCACAUGUAUGUAUGUACCAUCUUAAAAACGGGCGUUAAGACCUGUCGAUGUUGCAGCUUAGCUACGUUUACUACAAACAUUGAUGUUGAAAAGUCUUGUUUAAGACCCAAGGUAGGUGUUUGAACCUUUGUCACUUUAAAGCAAAGUUUGAAGCUACUAAAUCAAAGUACAAAGUUUACCAUUCUGGCUAGAUGCUGAACAUAAAGUUUUCACUAGAUUCCCUGUGCAAACACCUAAUGCAAUUCUGCCCUUAAAGCAUUGUGAACAAUACACUACAUUUCAGAACAAUAUUUCAGAUACACUGACAAACUAUACUAGAGUUCACCCUACAGCCUAUUAACCGAUAUAGCCCCAGCCCGUGAGGCCCCUGCAGUGAUAAAGUACAUAUAGAAUUAUAGGGGCUGUUAUUUUUUGCCUUGAUGUGAAUCAAGCUUUUUAAAAGCUUGCAAGUAAUUUCAAUUUGAAAACACAAAUUUCUUUUUACGGUAUGCUUGAUAAGAUUGGAAUAUACACAUGUAACACCUGUUGACAUAAAAUAAAGAUAUCCUUCAACCUUGUAAAAUUUGACUUGAGGAACCAGUAACGUUUAGACAACAGGGAACCAGUAAUCAAAGGUGAAGUGAUGACUCUGGACUUCAUCUAGAGAGCACAUUCAGCAUUUGUUACACCAUUUAGUAAGGGUUACCGGAACUGUUUAUCCACACCUAUAACACUAGUGCAGUUUAAAAAUCAUUCCAGGAGACAUUUCCAUGACUUGCCCAGUUUAGGUUAAAGUUGCUGAUUAAUGUAUGACAGCAAUGAAAAGCCAGAAAAAGCAUGUCUUGCUUUAACCAAUAAUUUUCUUUGGCAUUCUGUCACAACUUUGACCGACCUCAUGUCAGAGUAUAUAUGAUUGCUGAAUUAUCUUUAGUGUUGUUUAGUGAAUUAACUUAGCAGGAAGCAUGCCAUCCCUAAAGAGUAAUGCAGCUGUUAUUGCACCUUUUUAUCUGUUGCCAUGAUGUCACAAUCUCUGCUGAAAUGUCCAUGUUUAUUCCAAAAGAGUUGAAAGGUUGUAGGUAUUAGAGCUACUGUAUCCAUUGUAUUGUUUAAGGAUUACACAUAUUAUUUGGUAAACUAUACAAUGUUUGAUGUAACCUUUCCAGUAUUAAUUUUCUUAAUAGGCAGUAUUUUCUAAGGUAUAAAUUCUGUAUUUGAUUUAUGAAAGAAGUAUAUGUCAUGAUUAUAUGUAAGUGAAAUAUAUUUUUAGGCAGUUGUAAAGAAUAUGUUCUACCCUGUGUGGAAUGAAACCAUUCAACUUUAAUAAAGGUAAUAAUAAUUAAAAAAAA